AUUUAUAGUGUUACAUCAGUCCGCAUUCUGCCUGAAACUGCACGCUUUACUCCCCGCAUCCCCGCGGCUCCCCGCACUCGUUGAUAAUAUCCGAUAGGCUUCAACUGAGGUUAGAGAAUUGCCGAUCGUCCCAUAUGCCGUUCUGAGAACACUGCAUCAUUGGGUUUUCAUUUGCUCGGCUAUGGUGAGCCGCAAAUGAGCAUAUGCAUGACUCCGCAAUAACCGGAGCAUAGAAAGAUCAUUAAGUGAUCAGGCGGAGUGGAAUAGUAAAGCAUAAAAGCAGACGACUCUGUUGUCAAAACAAGGGUUAUUUUUCAGGCCAAGUAACACCAUGUUGCUCAAUCUUCAGGUCGCUGCCAGCGCUUUAUCACUUUCUGUUCUGAAUGGACUGGCUACAGCUGCUACGCCUUAUACUCUUCCUGACUGUACCAAGGAACCUUUGAGCAAGAACGGAAUAUGUGACACCUCGGCGUCCCCUGCUAAAAGAGCUGCUGCCUUGGUCGCUGCUUUGACGCCCGAAGAGAAGGUUGGCAAUCUGGUUAGUAACGCAACUGGUGCGCCUAGAAUUGGACUACCACGGUACAACUGGUGGAACGAAGCCCUCCAUGGACUCGCUGGCUCUCCGGGUGGUCGCUUUGCCGACACCCCUCCAUAUAACGCCGCCACAUCGUUUCCCAUGCCUCUUCUCAUGGCAGCCGCUUUCGAUGAUGAUCUUAUCCACAGUAUCGGCAAUGUCGUCGGCACCGAAGCGCGUGCGUUCACUAACGGCGGCUGGCGCGGAGUUGACUUCUGGACACCCAACGUCAACCCCUUCAAAGAUCCUCGCUGGGGUCGUGGCUCAGAAACCCCCGGUGAAGAUGCUCUUCACGUGAGUCGCUAUGCUCGAUACAUCGUGAGAGGUCUUGAAGGCGAUAAAGAACAGCGACGUAUUGUUGCGACCUGCAAGCAUUACGCUGGAAAUGACUUUGAGGACUGGGGAGGGUUUACACGUCACGACUUCGAUGCGAAGAUCACUCCUCAAGACUUGGCGGAGUACUACGUCAGACCUUUCCAGGAGUGUACUCGUGAUGCCAAGGUCGGCUCCAUCAUGUGCGCUUACAACGCCGUCAACGGUAUUCCCGCCUGCGCGAACUCUUAUCUUCAGGAGACUAUCCUCAGAGGGCACUGGAACUGGACGCGCGAUAAUAACUGGAUCACUAGUGACUGUGGAGCUAUGCAGGAUAUUUGGCAGCAUCACAACUAUACCAAGACCAACGCUGAAGGUGCUCUCGUCGCUUUUGAGAACGGUAUGGAUUCUAGCUGCGAGUAUACCACUACCAGCGACGUCUCCGAUGCCUACAAGCAAGGCGUCUUGACUGAGAAGCUCAUGGAUCGAUCUCUGCAUCGUCUCUUCGAGGGUCUUGUGCAUACUGGUUUCUUCGAUGGUGCCAAAGCACAAUGGAACUCGCUUAGUUUUGCCGAUGUCAACACCAAGGAGGCUCAGGAUCUAGCACUCAGGUCCGCCGUCGAGGGUGCAGUCCUCCUGAAAAACGACGGUACACUGCCCCUCAAGCUCAAGAAGAAGGAUAGUAUUGCUUUGAUCGGAUUCUGGGCCAACGAUACAUCCAAGCUCCAGGGCGGAUACAGUGGGCGUGCUCCCUUCCUUCACAGCCCGCUGUACGCAGCUGAGAAGCUUGGUCUUAACACCAACGUUGCUUGGGGCCCGACACUGCAGAACAGCUCGUUUCACGAUAACUGGACUACCAAUGCUGUUGCUGCUGCAAAGAAAUCUGAUUACAUCCUGUACUUUGGUGGUCUUGACGCUUCAGCUGCUGGCGAGGACAGAGACCGUGAGAAUCUUGACUGGCCUGAGAGCCAGCUGACUCUGCUCCAGAAGCUCUCCAGACUGGGUAAGCCUUUGGUUGUUAUUCAGCUUGGUGACCAAGUAGAUGACACUGCUCUUCUAAAGAACAAGAAGUUCAACAGUAUUCUUUGGGUCAACUACCCUGGUCAAGAUGGCGGCACUGCAGUGAUGGACCUACUCACCGGACGCAAGAGUCCUGCUGGCCGUCUACCCGUCACGCAAUAUCCGAGCAGCUACACUGAGCAAAUUGGCAUGACCGAUAUGGACCUGAGACCUACCAAGUCGUUGCCUGGAAGGACUUAUCGCUGGUACUCCACUCCAGUUCUGCCCUACGGCUUUGGACUUCACUACACCACUUUCAAAGCCAAGUUCAAGUCUAACAAACUGAACUUCGACAUCCAGAAGCUUCUCAAGGGCUGCAGUGCUCAAUACUCCGACACCUGCGCUCUACCCCCCAUCCAAGUCAGCGUCAAGAACACUGGUCGUAUUACCUCUGACUUUGUAUCUCUUCUCUUCAUCGAGAGUAAAGUUGGACCAAAGCCAUACCCGCUCAAGACACUUGCAGCUUAUGGCCGCUUACAUGAUGUUGCGCCGUCUGCUACAAAGGAUAUCUCACUUCAGUGGACGUUGGAUAAUAUUGCACGAAGGGGAGAGAAUGGCGAUUUGGUUGUUUAUCCAGGGACCUACACCCUGUUGCUGGAUGAGCCUACGCAAGCGAAGGUUGAAGUCACAUUGACUGGAAAGAAGGCUACUUUGGACAAGUGGCCUCAAGACCCCAAAUCAGCAUGAUUGCACUCAGGGCAUCAGUAGACAAUAGUUGAAUCAUG